AUGAAUUUUGAUUAUGAUGAUAGUCUUGAUGAUACUCCUUUAUUAACUACAACGAGAGUACCAGAACCAACACAAAAAGAAAUGAAUCAAUAUAAAAAAUCAAAUAUUUCUGAAGGAACAGAUUCUUGUAUUUCUUUUGAUUUUAAUCAAGAUAAACCCAAUACUCACUCAUCACUUCAUACAUUAUCACCAAAGAUCAAAUCUUCUCUAACUCAUUUAAUACCGAUAAACCAUAGUCAGGAUGUAACGGUAACUGCUUCUUCAUUAACAUCAUCAAUUGAUAUUACUGCUGCUGCAUCUGAACCUACAUCAUCAGCGAUAAACACAAAUAGUGUCACAACGACGUCAAAUAAAAAACAAAAUAGAAUGGAUUUAUUAUUAGAUUUAACAGUUCAAUUAAAUGAAGUUACUGAAGAUCGUGAUAAAUGGAAAGAUAAAUAUUUAGCAUUAGAAAAACGAUAUUCGGAAUUGAGUGAUGUAUCGAUGUAUUCAACAGAUGAUGAAGAAAGUUUGGAUGAAAUUGAAACAGAUGUGGUUGGUGAAGGAGAUGGAAAUGAUAAUGAACAAAAUACAAAAUGUACCAUCUAUCAUAUUCGUAAAUUAAUUAAUACAAAAAGUACAUCAACACCAUGUACAUUAUCUUCGAUAGGAACCUCAUCAAUGAUUAUCUGUCAAAAAUAUGAACGUGUUUCAUUUUCAAAAACAAGUUGUUCACAUAUUGAUUGUGAGGAUCACGAGAAAUAUGCAACUAAUCCUUAUAAUUAUAUUUAUUUUGAUAUUCGUGAUCAAUUGCAACAAAUAUUUCGUCGAGAACAACAUAUCAAUUGUUUUACACCAGAGAACAAACCUUUUAUUAAUACUUCUAUGCAUGAUAUAUACGAUGGUAAAAUUUAUCGUUCAUUGUUUAGUCAAGUCGAAACAAAUCAAACAAAUUAUAUAAAGACUUUAGUGAUGAACGUUGACGGUGUUGCCGUCGGCAAUAAUACUGAACAAUCAUUAUGGAUAAUUACCUGUGCAAUAAACGAAAUAAAAAGAAAACAGCGAUUUAAAAUUCAGAACGUUGUUGUUGGUGGUAUUUGUUCGUACUAUAAAAAACCUAGUCGCGCAAUCAUGCAGAUUUUACUGGUACCAAUUGUUAAUCAAUUAUUAUUACUUGAAGAACAACAUUUAUUUCAAAUCAAAGGAACCGAGAAUGAAUAUAAAUUGAUCCGUAUGUAUUUAAUUGGAGCGUGCAACGAUAAACCUGCCAAUAGUUUAGUUCAAAAUGCACCGGAACCCAUUGCUAAAUAUGACUGUUCUCGGUGUGAAUUACGUGGCGAAAUGGUGUUGUCAAAUUCAAAUGACCACGCAGCACAGAAUAAAUCAUCGUCAACCGACAAAAAAUCAAGAAAAGAUACACAUAAAAUUCGUGUUUUUCCGACGAAUGAAGACAAUCAAACUCAGUUACGUUCAACAGCACGAAGUCAAUUAAUCCUCAAUAAACUAUCAAAACUAAAACAUAAUAAACAAUGUUUAAAUGAUGAAAAAGAAUCAAAUUUACGAUUAGGCUAUUCUGGGAAAUGUAGUUUGACAGAUUUGACGUACUUUGUUCAUGGUUAUUCGUUCUUAAUGGGCACGCUCCAUACAAUAUAUCAUGGAGCUUUUGUGAGUACUCUUUCUCAAUCUAUAUCUGCAUUAUAG